CAUUUACCUCUCUAGGGUACAUAGUAAGUCAGUUGUCAUGUGAAGCAAGAACAUAAAUGUCAGUCUCCUAUACUAGCUAUUAAGAUUGCAUUUCCUGGCCUCAGAGACUUAACUAGCUCUAUGACACUGGUCAAAUCACUUAACCCCAAUUGCUUAGUCCUUACCAGUCUUCUGCCUUGGAACCAAUAUUUGGUAUUGAUUCUAAAAGAGAACGUAAGGAUUAUUUUUUAAGAUUGUAUUUUCUCAGUUCAAUUCAACAAGCACUUAUUCAAUACUUGUUAUAUGCAAAAUACUUGCCAUGUGCUAAGAGAUACCAAGAAUAACAUUUUUUAAGUUUGAUUUUAGGUACACUGGUGAGGCAUUAGUAAGGUAUCUGAGUAAAUAAGACAUGUUAAAGAAUUCUAGAUAUGGGCCUGGAACUCAGCUGUCAAGUCUAGAGAUAGAGAUUCAAGCUAUCUUCAUGGAGGUGGUAGUUAAAGCUAUAGAGAAGUGCAUGAAAUCGCCAGGUGGAAAGUAUAAAGAGAAGAAGGCCAAUAAUGUUCCCCUACAUCCAUGAUGGCAAUCCUAUGACACACAUGCCAUAGAUGGCACACAGAGACCUCUGGGCAAGUGCAGGCCUAGCAGGAGCCUGGCCCCACCUCUAAGUACAGGAGGUGGGGCAUUCUAGCCUCCCUUCACCAUCUCAGGGGCUGAGCACUGCCUGCUUGCCAAGCACAGUCAUUGAGCCCUGCUGCCUCCUUCCGCUGGAGCAGCAGCACAGCUGUGCUUGCCCCACUGCUGACCAAAGCAGGUCACCUUCCCAGCCUGCAGCCUGGCCUCAUCCCCCAAAUGUAUGCAUGGGUGGGGCGUGGCGCACAGUGGGGGCAGGCAUGGCCACACAGUCUGUGGGGACAUGGCACAAGGUCACCAAAAGGUCACCAUCACUGCCCACAUCAAGGAACACCCAAAUCAAGGAGUAUCUGGCAAAGGGUACAAAGCAGAAAUAGAGUUGAGAGAGAGAGAGAGAGAGAGCCAGGAAAAUGCUUCUAAAGUCAAGGAAAGAAAGUUUAUGGAAAACUAGGGGAAGGGGAUGUUGGGAUAUUAAGUGUAGAGAGUGUUAGAUGUUACAUAGCAGUCACGUAAAAUAAUGACUGAGAAAAGGUUGUUGAAUUUAACAAUGAUGUCAUGGGGGCAGCUGGAUGGCUCAGUGGGUUGAAAGCCAGGCCAAGAGAGGGGAGGUCCUAGAUUUAAAACUGACCUCAGCCACUUCCUAGCUUGUGUGAUCCUGGGCAAGUCACUUAACCCCCAUUGCCUAGCCCUUUCUGAUCUUCUGCCUUGGAACCAAUAUACAGUAUUGAUUCCAAGACUGAAGGUAAGGGUUUAAAAAAACCCAAUGAUGUCAUGGUGACCUUUGAGACAACAGUUUCAAUAAAAUGAUAAGAAAAGCCAGUUUUCAAAGCUUUAGAGUAGAUGAUGAAAUGAUGCUUUGAAUGUAGAUUUUGUUUUGAGACUGAGUUUCUGUUGCCCAAUCCACUGCUGAUUGGCACUGUGGCUUUGAUCCAUUGACUUGCUCUCUAUGACCUGAACCAAUUUCAAUUUGUCUCUUCCUAGGCAGUCUGAUGGCCCUUCAUUCUACAUCUCACAACUCUUGGGCUCAAGUGAUAGACCCGGCUCAGCCUUACUACCAGGAGAUAGUAAUGAAUAAAGCAUGUUCCUUCAUUUGCAGCAUAGCCUCUAGAUAGCUUUUUCAGAGUAGGAGAGAUUUGAUCAUUGUUACAAAUAGAAAAAAUGGACCUGGUUUGGAAUUGAAAGGUCAGGGGGGAAACAGGAGAUAAUGGGAAGAUUUAAGUUGCUCGAGAAGAUGAUUACGGAACCAUAGUCCUAAGAGCCUAAAGUAGGGCCAAGGAUACAAAGAGUGAUUGUUUAGACUUUUAAGGUAUGCUAUAUGUUGUGGCAGAAUGCUCACUUUAAAAUUAUAGGACCAAGAUUCAAGUGACCACCCUGCUAUCCAUAACAGAUGUGAUAUGACCUCAUGCAAAUCACUUAAACUCUCUGAUCCUCAGUUUUCCCAGCUGUAUAAUAAGAAUGUUGAUCAUAUCCAUAGUUCAUUAAUGUUCUUAAUCUGUGAGUCUAUAAAGUAUCACGUGAGGAUAUGACUAAUUUUAGAACACGAAUUUAAUUACUGAGUUUGGGAGGAGACUUCAGUGUCCAUAUAGUCCAACUGCUAUCUGAAAUUAAUCCCCACUUUAACCUACCCAAAGAAUAGAAUUCCAGCCUCUACCUAAAGACCUCCAUGGAAGGGAUCCCAACAUCUCCAAAGAGAUCCCAUUCAACUUUUAGAGAGCUCUAAUGGAAAUAAAGUACAACAUACAGCAGUUCUGAUAUGGCAGAGGUGAAGUCAAUGUUCCGGGAAGUCCUUCCCAAACAAGGGCAGUUGUCUGUGGAAGAUGUGGCCACCAUGGUGCUAUGCAAACCCAAACUUCUGCCACUAAAAUCUCUGACUCUUGAAAAAUUAGAGAAAAUGCAGCAAACAGCACAAGAAACUAUUCGCCAACAGGAAAUAGCAGAAAAGGAACAGCACCAAACAAACCAAUGAAUCAAUUUUGUUACUAAUUUUAGUUGCUGUAUUUUUCAAAAUAAUUCACAUUUGUUUUCUAAAGCUGUAAUUUUUAUUAAAGGUAAAAUUUAUUUAAAAUGAAAGGACAGGUAUAAGUCAUCAAAACAAGAUGAUUUAUUUAAGUUCUUAUGAUUCCUAUUAUAUAGACUAUGGUCCAACUUUUACUUUGGCCAAAUUUUAUUUUAAAACUAUGGUACUGACUAGUGGUUGUUGGAAUUUGAAGUUCUUCCACAAGAUUGCUCUUUGUCUAGAUGUUGUUCAACAUUCCUAGAACAUUCCUAUUUUUUUUAUCAAGUUUAGAGAUCCAACAAACCCAUAAAAAUGUGCAACUUCAUGAAAAUUCUACACGUUGGGCUUCUGAAUACUAUAUCAAGACUAAAAAUUACAUUUUUAAUGUUUUGCUUAAGUACUCAUGUUUUUCAAUGGACAGUGUUGGGUAGAGAAGAAAUUUUUUAAAAACAGAAUUAUAAGGAUAUACUACAUAUAUACAAUGUGUGAAAGCAAAGUUCAUGGUAGACUGCUUUUACUUCAAUUGAUAAAACUACCUAUGUUUUACACAAUAUUUUCUAACAGAAGUUAAAGCCAAACUUUCUUAGCCAACUGGAGCAAAAGAAAUGUAGCAACAUUCCUGACAAUUAAAGGCUGGCUUUUUAAAAAUACAAA